UCUCUUGAUCUUGAAACACCAUUGAUACAAUGAUGGAGGUUACCGUCGAGAAUCAGAGUGGCUCAACGUUCUCCAUUGAUGUUGUUUUCGGGGAUACACUGUUGGAUAUUAAACGGAAGAUCGAGAAGUCUCAAGGUAUUCCUGUUGCCAAACAAAUACUUACCUUCAAAGGCAAGGUUCUUCUAAACCAUCUUAACAUCUUUGAAUGCGAGAUCCUCCACAACUCUCGUAUCCAUCUCUCCAUCUCUCCUGACGAUAACCCUACUCAGAACCAAGUGGCUCAAUCUCCAUCAAAUCCAAUUCAUGAGUUCGUUAACAAUCAAGAUUCUCCCGAGGGCAGUAAGAAGCAACAUGAUCGGCCUGUGAUCACGAAGGUCGUGCCGAGGAGAAUCCACAAUGAAUAUUCAUCACGACCGGCAUAUUCACUUGAUGAGUUACUUGCCCCUCGAGGUUCGUCGUCUGUGACGGUUGGGAGCAGAAGAAACAGGAAUCAAGAAGUUCAAAACAGAGUAUCUUCAUCGUCAGACUCAGUCGUAGAGGUCAUUAACAUUCCAGAUUCGCCUGGGAGGAAGAAGACCAAGACCAACCCGAGGAAGAUGAUAGUAAUGGUGCAGCCAUAUGGAGAUACCAUGAGGAAUCUAGUGGAGGUUAACGCAGAUGAUAACGUUGAAGAACUGAGGAAACAGCUGGUUAAGAUGAAAGAGAGGGGUGAGUUCCAUCUGCCUCAAGAAAGGUAUCACUUUAUACACAAUCAGGCUGUAUUACAUGAAGAUAAGUCAUUCUUGACGAACGGUGUUUCUCACGGUGAUACGAUUGAGAUUUUCCUCGGAUAUGUUACCUAUCCCGGCCCUAAACCCACAAGUCAUCACUAAACGAGCUUGCUUUGUUCUUUCAGUCUUUCUUUUCUUUUAGUCUAUCCAUAUAUCGGAUAUGUUUCAGUGCAGUCUCCUCUUUUCUUUUAGUAUUUCUUCGAGUUUUCUUGCUUUGUUCAAAGUUCACAGCUUUCUGCAAAUAUGCUAAGAGCCUAAGACAUGUAAUUACCAAUAUGAGCUAAAAGAAGAAAAAUUAGUUGUUUUU